UUAUGACCAAUUGCAGUGGUGGAAAAUGGCUGAAGGAAACUACAAUUUAUUAUAAUUAAACUAGACACAAAUAAAAGUAUUAGUUAUAGAAGACACAGGCACAAACUAGACGAGCCGUCGAGGAAACAAGCUAGCGUGAAAAAGAACUGCUUCAUUUAUACCUAAAGGCAAACAGCAAAGUAAAAUAUGAUAUCAAAGUUUACUCUGAUCAUAGCACUUCUGCUGAUGGUUCAUUUAAACGAGUAUGAUGUGAAGGCGGCGAAAGUAAUUGAAUCAUCAAAGAUUGAAAAGAAAUUAAGUAAAACGGCAUCAGUAUUGUUAGCAAGCAAGGAGCAGAAAGAAAAUGAUGUGCCACGUUCUGAUGACGAAGACGAAAAGCGUUCUCAGAGUCAUAAGGGAUACCAUACAAUCAAGAAAAGCAUCGGAGAUCUGAGCUUAGAAUUGGCUAAAGUUCACAUUCUUGAAGCUACAAUAAAAAAAAGGAGAGGAAUAACCAAUCUUAAAAAUAAAGUAAAUGUGAAUUCAGAAGAUAAUUGCAAGAGGAUUAAAAGUUGGUGA